AGGCAUCGGAUUCGGAACAGAACACGCCCGCGGACGCGACGCGCGCGAUGGCCGGGUACCGCCGCACCAUCUCGUUCCCGGCGCCGAAGCCCGCGGCGGACGCCUUCCUCGCGCUGUCGGCCGCGAGCGACAAGCUGGCCGCGUACCGCGUCCGCUCCGCCAGCCUCCCCUGCCGCUUCCACCCGCUGCUGCUGCAGCUCGACGACGACGUCGCCGCGCUGCGCCUCGUCACCGGCCAGUCGCCGCCCUGCCCGCCCGCGCCCACGGCGUCGGCCGUGUCCGCCGCGGCCUCGCAGGUGGGGCGGGUCCUCGUCUCGCUCUCCGACCUGCUGCGCCACCCGCAGGCGCAGGAGCCGCUGCGCCGCCUCGCGCGGUCGCCGCUCGCGGACCGCCUGCUCGACGACUUCCUCCGCCUCGCCGACGCGCACGACAGCUUCCGCCAGGCGCUCGUCGCGCUCGCGUCGCUCCAGACCGAGACGCGCGCCGCGCUGCGCCGCGGCGACCCCGCCAGGCUCGCGUCCGCGGCGCGCGCCCAGCGGCGCGCCGGGCAGGACCUCCCGCGCCUCGCUGCCUCCGUGCGCGCCGUGGCUGCCAGGGCCCCCGCGCCGCUCCCCGAGGACCUCCCCGCCGACACCGCGGCGCUCGCGGCCGCGGUCGCCGACGCGACCGUCGCCGUGGCAUCCGGCUCCGCGGCCGUCUUCUCCGGCCUCUCCUCGCUCUCCAACUCCACGGCCUCCGCCCGCGUCGAGGUCGCCUCCACGCCGUGCUGGGCCACCGCCCCGGCGAAGCUCGCCGGCUCGUCAGACGCGCCGAGAACCAGCCACCACCGCAUUUGGUGGGUGGCCGACCUCGUGCGCUGGAUGUCGCGCGCCAAGCGGCGGUCCGCCGAGAAGCAGAACGGCGGGGGCGACGAGGACGAGUCCUCCACCGCGCACCUCCGGCCCGAGGCCCGCAUGAAGCCCGAGGAGCGGGCGCGGAAGGCUGCACUCGAGCUCCACGAGAACUUGGAGCGCUGCAUCGCCAGCGUCGACGCCAGCGGCGAGAAGGUGUUCCGAGCACUGGUCAACAGCAGAGUGUCCUUGCUCAACAUCCUGAGCCCGAGUUUCUGAUGCCCGAACAAUUUGAAUUCAAAUUUCAGAUUUUUUAUGUUUAUCUUGCAUGUUUGGACAAAAUCUGUACAUAUAGGAAAAAUCAUCCUGGAGGCUGGAGUCAAUCUGUUCGUUCAUUAGCAUCUAUCAAGAGAUAUGGAACCAGGCGU